AUGUUGACUUCUCUAGCGAUCCCGACGUCAUGCGUGACGGAUGUAUGGGUAACUUCAACUGGGACUCGUACGGGGGUUUUUCUCGGCAACCCGUUUGACUCGAGCUGCUGGCCCGGCAAGAGGGACUUAGCGACGACGAUCUCGCCUGCAUUCUGUCCGGUCGGAUAUAGCAGCGCAUGCAAUGCUUCCCCAUCAAAUGAUGACAGCGAGACGGUAUGGGCGUGCUGUCCAACAGGAUUUACCUGUGACGGGGGCUUCUACUCUUGCCUUUCGGGCGGUCGGACAAGCAAGACAUAUAUUGUGACCUAUACCGAUCGCGCCGAAAACACCCUCACAUCACAGCUUGUGACGGACAGCGGCGUAAACGCGCAUUCCAUCAGAGUCGCAUUUCACUCCUCUGACGUCUUCGCUACAGCUACUCCCACUCCCACAUCGUCUUCGGCCUCAUCGCCCAUUCCUACGUCAACUUCGCCUAGUAAUUCCGACGACUCAGAUUCCGAAGGAAUAUCGGCGGGAGCUAAGGUCGGCAUAGGAAUUGGUGUUGGUCUUGGUGGUUUAAUAUUGUUCUUGGUACUUGGCUGGCUGGCAUGGCGAAGAUACAGAAACAAAGUAGCGCCUGGACAAUACCAAACUCAUCCGGGCACUCCAGCGGCGAAAAUGAGCGUCGUGGCCAACGCUUCCGGCAUACACGAACUAGGCACGGGAGCUUACGCUGAGCUUCCUGCGGAGAUACCGGCCAGCAGCCCAGAUAGGAGAGGCUGA